CGUAAAAGAAGCUGGAGAAAUACCUAUAUGUAAUUCUCUACCUCCGGCUGGACGAAACGAAUCAAGCAGGCCUUACACCCGCGAAUGGUUUUGAGCUUCAUUUCGUAGUACCGCUCACAAUCGUAUACGGUUUGGUUCGUAAUGUAGUUAAUUUUCCAGUUUAGAAACGUCGUCGACGUUUGUCUCGGUUGUAGGGCUCGGGAAGUGACUUUUCGCUGCUGCCUAGUUACAUUCAGCGGCUGGAAUUUUACGCUGACUUGCAACGUUAAUGCGCGCUACCACUAAUACCAACCGAACGCGGAUCUUCGCUCUUGUUCAGAUGCCACUUUGAGAGCAGCAGCUCGUCGGAGAGAGCGAGUGCGAAAGAGCCAACAGCCUACUGCGCGCGACGUGAAAGCGAGACCACCCGAAGCGUCGUUGUACAGUGAAGUUUUCUCAUCGCCCCAGCAGUGGCUUGUGUUGAGCUCGGACCGCAAUUUUCAUACCGAAUUUAUGCAGAAAAUUGCACUGAAAGCACAGGUUUCUGCAGAACUGUGAGGUGUUUGUGAUGGUACACAGCUGACUGGACAGCAAUCCUUGAAACCUUUAACGGUAUGUAUACGGUAAACUGAAAGCGCAACUUCGCGGUGAUGAUGGAAAUCCACACAACACAUUUUUCUACAACAAACAGCAUCGAAAUGAGAUAGAAUCGGAGGCGAAACAUUUUAGGCAAAUCGUAGCCGAUAAGCAUUUUUCCGCAUUUCUAGCCAAUUCGUCCCCACGCGGGAAACAAACGCGUGAAGAUUGUUGAUCCAUACUGCAAUAAGCGACAAAAAACAUCUUUUAAAAUAAUAUUAUUAUCUAAGUAUUGCACUGACUGGUGGGACCAUUUAAUCAAGGUACACUUGUGAAAAUGAAGCAACACGCGUUGACUCACCACUUGCUAUACGGUGCUUGUACAUCCUGCUGUAAAUGAGGCUUGUCCAGGCAGCACACCACAAACCGAUUACCGGCGAGUGUGCAGCGCAGACAAAAAUACGAGACGAGUAGACGGGGGUCGAACGUAUGACUAGACAUACAAGGCAAGGGGACGGGAUGGUGUGUCUGUUUGUAGCAAUCGGGGCCAACGGUAUCCUGUCUCGAAUGUACGGCAAAACGCACAGGUCGAUUUGAGGGUGCGAGCGAGUACGAACGUGUGAAGAAAAAGCCGCUUAAAUUACACCCCAGCAAAGCGAGAAGCAAAUUGCUGCGUGAUGCUGGCGCCGCCUGCGAUCACUUGCAGAGUGAGAUGCCAACAGUUAGUUCGCACGGUGUGCGCAUUUGUGUGUGUGCGAGCGAGACCGAAUGGAAUGAAGCGCGAACGAAGUAGCUUGGUUUUUCGCUAGCUGGUGACACUCACACACGCAGUAUAACGUGUAACUGCUAGAGCGAUAGCUCGAACAAGUAAAAAGGGAUGACGUAAAUAUGACGUACCCGCGAUAGGGAGACGGCUAAUGGCAGUGGUGUGUGCGUGUGUGCGUGCGUGUAAGUGAUGUCAGGUCGGCCGCCUGGAGCGUUUGCAGUGCGCGAACCAUGUUUUCGGUAGUGGUAGUGUGGUACGUUCAAGACUGCAACGAUGUAGCAAAGGAAGUGUGGUGUGCGUGUGUGUUUGGUUUAACUCCCUUUCGAACGCAUUACACGGUCAGCGCAUUCAGCGAAUGAAUGUGUGUGAGAAGCGAGAGCUGUCGAAGAAAAAGACGCUACAACGCCUGCUCUGCUGCCGCCUUUGCUGGUCGCACUGACGGAUGGGAAAUGUGUGUUGGCGUUCGAAAUUGUGAUAUUUUUGUGGUCAAAGUAGCUUGUUGGUAGCGAAAAUGAUGUGUACAGUGUUGCUCGUGCUUCAGGUGACCAGUGUAAUGUGAAGUAAACGGGCGGGAAGCGAUAAAUGAUGGUCAAAAUGGAAAUAUUUGUUCAGAUCUUGACCUUGAGUGUACAUUGAUCUUUCGCGUUCGCUGCUGCUUUGUAGGAAGUGUGUGCGGUACUUUCCUGCCAUGUCUUCUACGCCCUCCGCCCUCCACCCGUAUUCCCCACCGGUGUCCACGAUGACGACUGCCACCCUCGUGCUCUUUUGUGUCUUUCGCGACGUAGUAAGAAUGAUUGGCUGAAUGAGGCGUUUGCAAUCUAUGGUGCAUAUAUGUGUGUGCGUGCGUGCGAGUAGUGUGUGUUUGCACAUGUGUGUGCGUUCACAGUGCGUUUAGUGCUGCUGACGGUGACGGUGAAACGACGGUGUGUGGCCGCAGCUGCUAAAUUGCGCGCCCGUUUGCCGAUUCCUUUUUGGUGCGGGUUGAUUAUUUAUCGCAUCACGUUGGAUCUUUUACACGACUCGUACCAUCAAAAGACAGGGUAUGCUAAGUGUCGUUAAAUUGUUUCGACGGUGGUGAAAAAAGAAGAGAGAACUAACAUAAAGCUCGGCGGCGAAUGUGUGUAGUAUAGCUGUGUGUGAGAUGAGCAAAUGCUGGCGGGUACCUGUGGCGGGUGAUUGCUGUUUGAUUCUUUUCGUCUUCGCGAGAGAUUUUUAAAAGGUGUACCCAAAGUAUGUAAUGACAUUGUUGCAUGUUAAUGUGUGUGUUUGUGUACGUGCGUAUAAGCAUCUUGCGGAAGUAAAAAGUUAAGAGCGAAUGAAAAACCAUCACCCUCAAUUAAUGUGCUAGCAAUUCUUUAUGUAUUUGCUAAACCACCUUAAAGAUGAACAAAUUUUAAACUCCACAAAAUGUGUGACGCCUUACAGUAUGUCGGUAAAAUACCGCGGGUUGUAAAGUAAAUCUGUUAUUGCCAUUCGACGUCGUAUGCUAAAAAAUUACUAUCAAACAAUACGGUCCAGCCUCACCAAGAGGUGAACAGAGUUUGAAACGGUCACGUCCCUCGCCGCUUGUUAGUUAUGGUUUCAACAAUCAAGCGUUAGAGAAAGCUCUUAGCAUGUAUGAACCUCCGUCAGUAUACGCUAGUUUGUUAUGAAAAAUGUGGAGUGAAAACUACUAUGAUCUAUGUGCUAACGAGGAAUUCGGUUUCAGGCUUAGUCCAGAUACUAUGCAGCAAGGAUCAGGAUCGACAACGCCUAUCGCGGCACCGGCAAGUGUGCCCCCAGCUCCGGCUUCAAUAGACAGCAUGGACGAUCCGCCACCGAGGAACGAGCCCGUCGUCGAGCCGGUAAACGGAAUUGUGCAGCCACCAGUAAUGCCACCACCGGAGCGUCCGGGAAGAUUGACGAAUCAGCUUCACUUCUUGCUACGCACUGUCAUGAAGGCGGUAUGGAAGCAUCAAUUUAGCUGGCCAUUCCAGCAACCGGUCGAUGCGAAGAAGCUCAACCUACCGGACUACCAUAAGAUCAUCAAGCAACCGAUGGACCUGGGAACAAUAAAGAAGCGGUUGGAAAACAACUACUACUGGACUAGCAAAGAAUGUAUACAGGACUUCAACACAAUGUUCACCAAUUGCUAUGUGUAUAACAAACCGGGGGAAGAUGUGGUCGUAAUGGCGCAGACGCUAGAAAAGCUGUUUCUUACGAAGGUGUCCCUAAUGCCGAAGGACGAAACAGAGAUGGAAGUACAGCAGCCGAAGGGCGGCAAAAAGAAGCCACGAUCGUUGGCACCGCCGGGAACGUUGGUUGGCAAUACGUCGGUAACGGGAGCAGCGGCGGCUGCAGGCGUAGCACCUAAUGCUGCCAUUGUUGCCGGGGCGAAUGCGGUUGCAGUGGCGGCAGCAGCCGCUGCCGCUGCCAGAGCACGUCCCGGUUCCGCUCUCGGUGCGGCUGUAUCGUCCAGCGUUCCUCCACUCAGUGCAGUUCCACCUGGGGUGGGCGCUGCAUCCACGGUGGUCGUACCGAGCGUACCGCCAAUCGGUACCCUGCCGCCCCAGACUGUGCCUGGUAGCACAAAUACCACCACGACGGCAGGACCAAACUCGGCAGUUGCGGCAUUGACAGCGGCAGCCGCUGCUGCAGCGGCCGCGAGCACACCGCACAACCCGAUGAGCAACCCGAUCGGCGCGCCGCCGGUAAUCAGUAAACCGACCGCUCCAGCUAACCCGCCGUACAUGGUGAACAGUUCACAGGCCGGUAUGGAAACGGUCUUACCUCCCCAGCAGCCAGCAAAGGUUAAAAAGGGUGUUAAGAGAAAGGCAGACACAACAACACCGACUGCAACCGUGUUCGAUCCACACUAUGGCACGCCGAUGGACUCGAACGCCGCCAAAAUUGCCACCCGAAGGGAAUCUGGACGACAGGAUAUCGUACCCUAUCAAACCUCGACCUACCCUAUGUCUCCGAUGGCACACCAAGGGACGACCUCGUCGCAAUAUCCGCCGAAGAAUAAGGAGAAAUUGUCCGACGCUCUAAAGUCAUGUAACGAAAUUCUGAAGGAGCUCUUCUCCAAAAAGCACUCGGGAUACGCUUGGCCAUUCUAUAAACCUGUCGAUGCGGAGUUGCUCGGGUUGCACGAUUACCACGACAUAAUCAAAAAGCCGAUGGAUCUCGGUACGGUUAAGCGGAAAAUGGAUAACCGGGAGUAUAAGUCAGCCCCAGAGUUUGCCGCGGAUGUUAGGUUAAUAUUCACCAAUUGCUAUAAGUACAACCCUCCAGAUCAUGAUGUUGUCGCAAUGGGACGGAAGCUACAGGACGUGUUCGAGAUGCGGCUCGCAAAUAUACCGGACGAACCGGUAAACAAUGUUGCUCCGCAUCAUCAGUGCAAGGAAAGCGAACCAUCGUCCUCGAGUGAUUCAAAUGACAGCGAUGAAGAGAGCGAGUCGGACGAAGAGUGCGCACAGAAGUUGAAGGUGCUCGAAAAACAGUUGUUCGAAAUGCAGGAACGGAUGCGGAAAUUGACCGAGGAGGCACUGCAGAAGAAGAAACAAAAGAAGAAAACGAAGGACAAGAAAAAACCUUCAGCGGCAGGACCUGGGGGCGGCACUGGCGGUGGUGUAAGUGAUAUUAAGGGGAUUAUGGAUCCUCACGCCGGACUCGGUAUGCCGCACGGUCCCGGCAAAGCAAUGCAUCAGAUGGCAGGUGCAAUGGGUCAACCACCGAUGGGUGGACCAGGUGCGGCACCCGUGAUGCCGGCUCCUGGGACCAAGGCAAAGGCGAAGGGACAGAGAGCACCAAAGGCGGGUGGUGUUGCUGGUGGUGCUGCGCCUAAUGCACCUGCUAAACGCGCCAAAAAUGCGGGUGCCGCCGGAACUAGUGCUCCGCGAGCGCCAAACAAGAAGAAAGCAUCGCAGAAUGUGUCGAACUUCGAUUCGGAAGAGGAAGACACGGCCAAACCGAUGUCGUACGACGAAAAGAGACAGCUGUCCUUGGACAUCAACAAGCUACCGGGCGAUAAACUGGGAAGAGUUGUACAUAUAAUUCAAAGCCGGGAGCCAUCAUUACGCGAUUCCAAUCCGGACGAGAUCGAGAUCGAUUUCGAAACGCUGAAGCCAUCAACGCUACGAGAGCUGGAAAGCUACGUAGCAUCCUGUCUGCGCAAGAAAACUCGUAAGCCUUACUACAAAAAAGUAUCUGGUAAAUCCAAGGAGGAACAGAUGACAGAGAAGAAACAAGAGCUGGAGAAACGGCUCCAGGAUGUGACGGGUCAGCUUGGCACAGGGAAAAAGAACGCGAAGAAGGACGAAGCCAACAAACAGGACGUUGCUCCUUCCGGAGGCAAUAUGUCCUCCAGCAGUAGCUCCAGUGAUUCCUCGUCGUCGAGUUCAAGCGAUUCCAGUUCUAGUGAUUCCAGCGACAGUGAAGCAGAAGCUGGCGGGCGUCCACCGCGUAAGAAAAAGAAGGAUACCUCUUCGCCAAUGCUACCCGGAAGUAACAAUUCAGCUAACACGUCCUCUGCUCCAGCCAACGCAUCAACACUACCGGCAACGGCAGCGGUAUCGCAGAUGCUACCGAGUGCUGGUGCCGCCAGUAACACAAACACCACCUCCAACACCACUACUACCACGAACAACAAUUCCAAUACCAUCACACCUCUCCCGAACGCCGCCGCUCAGCAGCCACAUCAACAUCCGGCAGGCAGUGUCCUAAACCAAACAUCAUCCGUAGCUGGCCAGCAUCACUCACAAAUGCACCUUUCGCAGCAGCAGCAGCCGCAACAGCACAGGCAACCAUCAUCAAACCAGCAGCAGCCUGUCAUACCGCUACCACAUUCAUCUCAUACCGCGUCCACGUUGGUAUCAUCAACUUCCUCCACUACCACAUCCGCCUCCACAUCAUCAUCGGGCGCAGGAGUUUCCGUGUCGAGUAUGAACGUUGCAAGUGCAAGUACCGGUAGCAGCAGCAUUAAUGCCACUAACAAUCCUUCAUCAAGCAUCGCCGCUAACAACAAUGGUACGGUCGUAUCGUCCAGCUAUGGUGGAAGUGCCGGAAUGCUCGGCCUUUCACAAACGCUGGCCACCGGUGCUGGUGGGACGGUAGUUGAUUCUGUUCCCGGGCUGCUGCAGAUUCCUUCCUUGUCGCAGCAGCAAACUAUGACCAGUACUACCGGCAUCAACACACAUGCACUAGCGAAUUCCUUAAUGAUGUCCGCGGGCAGUGGUGUUGUAAAUAGUAGUAACAUCAACCAAGGCAACAAUGGGGGCGGCGGCGUCGUCGGAAGUAAUAACAGCGGCAAUCCCAACCCGAUUGGUAGUAGUAACAGCAACCAAAUCUCUCUGCCACUUCCCAUACCAUCACCAAACACCACCACCACUACUACCAGCACGAUGCUACCUGUGAAUAAUAAUAAUGCUUUGACCACCACCACCACCAGUACUAGUAAUAAUCAGAGCAAUAGUGCUAUCUUGAAUAAUUCCAUCACUGUUACGCAGCACCAGCAGCAAGCAGGCGGCGGUCUCAGCACCAACGGGAUCGCUGCGAUACUACCAGCGGUCACCGCUCAUGGCCCAUCGUCAACCGGCAGCACCAUCAACAGCAGCGUCGGCAACACGAAUGGCAGCGAUGGUGCAUUAAACGCUAGCAACGGGUUGAUUAACAGCAUGCUCGGUUUACCUGCGUCGUCUCAGCUUGCCACAAGCCUGGCUGCCAUGACAAAUCUGGCCAGCAUGGCGGGCGGUUUGCCACAGUCCUUGCAGAUGACGCAGAGUCCGCAGGUGGGCAAAACGCAACUGCACGGCACUACCCAGUCCCAACAGCAGCAGCAACUGCAGCACGCACAACAACAGCUAAACCAGCAGUUCCGAAUUGGUGGCGGUGCUGGUAACGGGCACGGCGGUCUCGGUGGUGGCUUUAUCGAUCCGCUAGAGCAUACGCUUAAUUCAUUCGAGCAGUCCAUCAAGGCGGAACCGCUGGGAUUGAAUUUGUUGAACGAUAUGCCCGCAGCACUGAAGCAAGACAUAACGACCAGCAUGCUCACGGCCAAUAUGGAUCUGUGCAUGGCGCACCUCCAGAACCAGUUACAUUCGGGCAAUAACGGUUUCGUGAAUGAAUUUAAUGGUAAUGGACCGUUGAACGGUGGUACUGGCGCUGCGAUGGGUCUUGGUAGCGGUAUGGGUCAGAUGGUAAUGAACAGUAUGGCAUCAACGGCCGCCGCCGCCAACACGGCACUGAUGGGUGGUGGCAUGCCGUCGAUAUUUGAGCCGCUCCAGACGUUUAUGCGUUCCGGUGGAGGCCCGGGCCCGUACCAUCAAUCGAAUGCGGUUGGUGCAGGAGCGCCGGGAAUGGCUGGACUGGUAACGGGUGCAAGCAACAGCAGCAAUGGUGCUGGGCUAGGUGGUAACAAUGUUGUCGGUGUGAUGCACGAUCGAUCGAUCGAUCUAACACAGGCUGGCAGUGUGAACAGCAACAGUUCACUCGUUGGGGGCACUGGCAUGCUGCCAUCAGGCAACGGUGGUAAUUUGAUGGCAAUUAAGAAAGAAGAACCCGGCGCGGGGGGUGGCAAAUUUAUGCUGACACCGAAACCGAUCGAGGAUCUACUGAUAAAUCCAAACGAAAAGAAGAUGGGCAGUACGCCACCGCCAGCAGAUGUAAAGGGAAACAUUGCGAACACGUUUAACAACAAGGGUCAGGAUCCGAAGAGUGUUUGGUCGUCGCUGGCCGCAGCCGUUUCGCCACAAAAUACGCCAACGUCGAACAAACCGAAACCCUCGAUGGACUCAUUCCAGGCGUUCCGCAACAAGGCGAAGGAGAAAUUUGAUCGUUUGCAGCAGCAGGAGCUGAAACGAUCCCAGAAGGAGCAGGCGGAGAAGGAAUUAAAGCGUCAGCAGGAGCAGCAAAAGAUAAAGCAGGAAGAGAUCAACAAUGGACGAAAAUUGCCAAUCGAACCCGUCCAACCACGAGUAGUGGAAGAGAUCAAAACGUCACCCCAAGGCAGUCCGUCACCGGGAACACCUACCACACCGCACGCGCUUGAUCGUUCGGCAGCGAAACGGGCAGAACUGCGUCGCCUGGAACAGGAACGUCGACGGAGAGAAGCGAUGGCUGGUCAGAUCGACAUGAACAUGCAAAGUGAUUUGAUGGCCGCGUUCGAAGAGUCCCUAUAAUGCGUCUCACUGUAAUGAUGCGUUCUGUGUUUAUGGGAAGAAAGAGGGAGAGAAAGAGAGAGAAAAAGAGAGAAAGAAAAAAAAAGGGAAGAGAGAAAAAUAUUUUCGUGUUUGUGACGAAGAAAACGAUACAUCUUCUGAACAAAUGGAUACGCGAGAUGAACGUUACGAUUCACAUUCAUCGAUUAUCAUCGUUGCAGCAUAGUGGAUCCAUCCGGCCUUUGGUGUAUUACGUGUACGAAACGAUAUCUUGCGUAAAGCAUUAAGCAACGUGUUAAGCAUCCGUUGAUAGCUACAUAAAACAGUAAACUUCAACCAUUAGCGUUUGUUACCAAAAAAAAGCAAAGCAUAAAGCGCAACGCAUGCGUAAAACCACCGAAUCGUAGGAAUACUUGUUGAAGAUAACUCUAAACCAGAAUGUGGAGAUCCUCGGUAGAGCAAUAAUGCUAUCUGAUCCCGAUCGAUACACGAAAAGCCAUUAACUGAUGAAUGAUCCUUAGUACGAAGCAACCAUUUCCGUUCAUUUUUCUCGAGUCAGUGUAACCAUUGGCAUUAGGUAGUCUCAAAGAGCAUCCCAUAGCUGGAGGAAAUAAUGCGUAUCAAUCGUAAAACUUCACUCAACCCGUAAUUAAUGGUCGUCUCUCGCUCCUUGUCCCUUUUGUAUAGUAGUUGGCACGGUGUGGCGCAGAAAGUCAACGAGAGGAAGUAGUUUUCUUUCGAAUUAUGUACAGCGCUGUCGUCAGUACUGCGCAGUGGUUUGGUUUAGGAUUUGAAACGUUGAACACGCGAAUGUGUUACGAACCUAGUAUAAAAGAUAACGCAGCAUCCGUACAUUAUAUCCCUAGACAUAUUAUAUAGGAACAAUCAAACGAUCCAAACGACGAGCAUUGGACUUGGAUAGGUAGUUAAGAUAAGAAAAAAAAGUAAAAAAAAUGAUACAAAAGAUUAGAAUGUAGAUCAGAGAUUACAGUAGAGAUGAACCGGUGUGUAGACAUAGACAUAACGGAACAAAUGGUGUUUAAUCGUAAGGUGGAUAGUGUGAAAAAGGGAGAAGCAAUGUGUGAAUAAUGUAGUAGGGUAUAGAAUUACUUUAUCAGUUGUGAUAUAUAAAUUAAAAAUGAAGGAAAAAACAGUAACAACAUAAUCUAAUGCGGAUGCACAAUAAAGCAUCCACACCCUAAUGUGUAUGCAAUGGAAAGUGUCAAAGAAUAAUGGACAAACUACACACAAACACAAACACACACACACACUCACAGGUACGCAAUAGGUGUAUGUACUUUGGUGUUGUGAGUCAUGAAGGUAGCAGCAAGUGUAGAUAUAAUUUUAUCCGGAGUUAGAAAUAACUAAGUAGCAGAAGAGAAAGGAAAAUAAAAACGAAUAAUCGUGUUGUAGGGCAGAAUCACUUUCAAAUAAAACGGUGAAACAAAUCAUGAUUUGCAAGAUACAGAAGACCAUUGACUGCAUCGGCAUCACAUGAUGAUGAUCGAUCACGAAUGUAAUAUAUUUAUGUAAAAUAUACUCACAAUUAUGACCACAUAAUCAUAACCCCAUUCUCCUUCCGUAGUGUGUUUUUUUUCAGACAAAACUCACGGUAAUGCUCUGUGAAGGAGUUUCAAGGAAGUGGGCGAAGAGUUUCGGCAGACUUGAACGAAAGACAAAGAGAGAACGAAAUGGUAAAUGAAAGGAAUUAUGGUAUUAGUCUGACCCAAAAAUAUAUGUCGAAACGAACGAAAACGAACGUGAUGCAUGAUGAAAAUAAUAUUUUCUCGGCGACUGUAGCCGAUAUGUAAGGUGGAAGAUCGGUAUGAACAACAGCUCGCAAGAUGAUCGAUUUGUAGAUCUGUAGAUCGUUGUUUUGUGUAUUGUCUUUGCCUAAAGAUUGUCAUUCGUAUUAUCAUCAAUAGAUCAAGUAACAUUCAACUUACGCGUGCAGAAAUGGACGUAAUAAAACCAAGAGAAAGAGCACGUUUGUAAGUUUCCUCGACUGUCGUAAGGAAAGCGAUGUAUAUAGAGACAAUUUGCUGCAAAUUUAUAAAUGAAGCGAUAGUAUGAAGGGAUUGAGGGAUUACAACAAACUUUUCCCGCAGGCAAUAUCGGUCAAUUGAAGGGCAAGGUAUAGGGGCGUGUGUGCUGGAAGCAAACAUUGUAGGUAAGCAUAUUUAGCAGAGCGAAAUAAUAAUAAAAAAAAACAAAACAAAACAAAAAGAACCGAAUGGCUCCGUUGAAGCAAGUGCGAAGAAAAAAAUAUGUUGGGUAAUAAACACUUCUUUUACAGUUUUCUUUUCCUUGUCG